AUGAUCCAGUCAACCGCCAAAUGCUCCGCCACACAGGUAGCCCUCUCGUUGUUUCGCUCUUCCCCUCCGCCUGUUUCGCUCUUCCCCUCCGCCCGUUUCGCUCUUCCCCUCCGCCCGUUUCUUUUUUCCGCUCAGGCGGCGCUGCUUGCGGGCGAGCCCGUUCUCAGAGGCGCCACGUCAGCACCGGCGUCUCUCUCGCCCGCCACGUGGCUGCCGCUAGGCCGGUCCGGACCCACUCCUGGAGCGCCACGUGUGGUCAGGACAGCGGGGUUUAGACCAGGAGCGGCGGUGGUGGCGGCAGCGGGAGGAAGGGGCACGAGCAAGGGGGGGGACAGAGUGUCGUCCUCUGCCGUCCAGCAGCAGGUGCUGCUGGCGUCAGUGUCCCAGUCCACGUCAGCACCACCUCCCGGGCACGCCUCUCAUGUGGGUGGGCGUGGGCGUGGCUCUCUCGCUCUUCGCCUCGUGGCCCAUCGCAUACUCUCUCCUCUCCUUUCUGUAGCUCCACACAACCUUCUUUCAGUUCUCCCUUUCCUCUUCUCCCUUUGUCCUGCCCCUCUCGCGUGUAACGCCAAUGGCGCUCUCCCCUCCCUCCAGGGCUCCAAGUUCGUCAUGCAGCGCAUGCAGGUGAGCAGCGGUGCAAACAGUCUCUUCCCCUACCUCUCGCUUCCCCAACCCCACCAGCAAGCCAUGAUGAAGCAGAUGCUCAGUGCCAUGCAAUCUGGAGGCGGCGGCCCGGGCGGCGCGGCCAAUCCGUUUGCGGCAGCUGGCAUGGGCGGCGGCGCCAACCCGUUUCCGGGCAUGGGCGGCGGAGGAGCAGCAAACCCCUUCGCAGUGGUGGACGUGGCAGCACAAGUCUCAGACGCCAAGCCCGCAGCUGCCGCUGCUGCAGCACCCUCUUCUGCCACCACCAGCCCUUCCAGCAGCAGCAGCGCUUCUUCGUCGUCAGCAGCAUCCUCGGCUCCUGCAGAGGAGGCGGAGAGCAGCAGCAAGAAGAAGAGCUUCUUUCAAGAUGCUGAGCUGGUGGAGGAGCCAUCCGGGGGAGGCUUCUCCUGGGGGAACACGGGCAGUAGCACGGGCAGCAGCGGCAGCAAUGCAUCUAAUGCCACUUGGGAUACGUCCACCAACUCAUUUGCCAACGGAGGAGGUGGUGGCGGGGCUAAGGGCAAGAUGACAGUGGAGGCGCUGGAGAAGAUGCUCGAGGACCCCAUGGUGCAGAAGAUGGUUUUCCCGUAUCUGCCAGAGGAGAUGAGAGACCCGGCCACCUUCAAGUGGAUGAUGCAGAGCCCCAUGUACCGCCAGCAGCUAGAGAGCAUGCUCGACAACAUGGGCGGCACGGGCUUUGAUGACAGAGUCCUGGACAUGAUGAAGAGCUUCGACCUCAACAGCCCCGAAGUGAAGGACCAGUUCUCCCAGCUGGGCAUGUCACCAGAGGACGUGGUGGGUAAGAUCAUGUCCAACCCGAAGCUCGCAGCUGCCUUCCAGAACCCCCGCCUGCAGGCCGCCAUCCUCGAUGUGAGUCCUUUAGUCUUUGGACAUGAGAUGGCCUUUCAGGCGUCUCAAAUGUCACCACUUUAG